AUGCGAAAUUUGAUAAAUACAUUUGAAAAUUUAUCUCGAGAAAUUUUACUUGAAAUCUUUGACUAUCUUUCAAUAAAUGAUUGUUUUAAUGCAUUUUAUGAUCUUAAUUGGAAAAUAAGUUCAACAUUAAAUUUAUGUGGUUUUUCAAUUGAUUUAACAUCAAUAUCACAACAAACAUAUAAUGAAUUUUAUAAAAAGACUAUUUUUUCAAAUUAUUAUUAUCAAAUACGAAAAUUAAAAUUAAGUAAUGAUUUAACAAUAAAUUUGCUUGAAAAUUUUUUCAAUUAUUUUCAUCUUGAUGAUUUUAAACAACUUCGAUCAUUAACAUUAAUUAAACCAUCAUAUAUGACAUUAGGUAGUUUGGCUUUAAUUAUACCUUAUCUUAAACAACUUGAACAUAUAUCAAUUGAUUCAUAUUCAUAUCCAGAUAAUUUUUUUGAAUUAGUUACAUCAACAUCAUC